AUGGGCGCCAUCGUCGGCGGCCAAACGUCUUGCAAAUGUCCUGAAAUAAAAGCGUUAGAGGAAUACUUGCCGCCAGAUGUCGAUAUUAUAUCAUGCCAUUCACUUCACGGUCCCGGAGUUGAUACCCAUAAUCAACCACUAGUCCUCAUCCAACACCGUGCGCCAGAUGCGGCUUUGCGGAAGGUGGAAUCUGUAUUCAGCUGCCUGCGAUCCAAGUAUGUUUACCUGACAGCGAAAGAACACGAUCGUAUUACUGCCGAUACCCAGGCCGUUACCCAUGCUGCGUUUUUGUCCAUGGGCAAAGCCUGGCACGCAAACAGUCAAUUUCCGUGGGAGUUGAAUCGCUAUGUAGGAGGCAUUGAGAACGUCAAGAUCAACACGAUGCUGCGCAUUUACGGCCAGAAAUGGCACGUGUACGCUGGCCUUGCCAUCUUAAAUCCUGAAGCCAGGAAACAAGUGGCUCAGUACGCUGAGAGCGUAACGGCCUUGUACAAGCUCAUGUUGAAGGGCGACCUGGAGGGACUUCGGAACAGAGUCUACGAUGCAAGGGAUAAGGUAUUCGGACAAGCUUCGAACUGGGAUACUGAUCCAUUGAUCGAACCUUCAAUAUUGUCUUCGUUUUCUCUUGGGAAGCCAACAGACGCACCGGCAAGGCCAAACAAUCACCUCAGCCUCCUGGCCAUGGUUGACUGUUGGGCCGCGCUGGACAUUGUGCCAUACGAUCAUAUGAUUUGCAGCACGCCUCUGUUCCGACUUCGACUUGGCGUGACGGAACACUUGUUUCGCAGUCAGACACUGUUGGAUGAAACGUUACGAACAGCCGUGGAAGACAAGACGUAUCGAAGCGACGAUCUUGAAUUUACAUUUGCAGCUCGUGGUUGGGCCGAGUGUGUCUCCCUGGGUCACUUUGAGACGUGGGAAAAGCGGUUCGUCGACACACAAGAGUUCUUCCGGCCACGUUUUGCGGAUGCCAAGGUCGUAGGGGAUCGGAUGAUGAAGAGGGUUCUUGAGAACUACAGCGAGGAAGGGAAAUGA